GCCGACCAGUCCAGUGGGGCCAAGGCCACGCCAGUGGGGACAGGGGAUCGGCGAGACGGCGCUCCUCCGGGGUAAGCGUGCUCAGCCGCUCGAUACAUCGACCCGAGCCAGCUCGCCUGGCAGACGGCCGCCGAGAGCGCCGCGGGCGCCGCGGAGCACGGACAGGUUGGCCGGCGGGCACUCGAAGCACAGCAGCCGGGGCCUGGGGUAUCGCCAUCGUGUGCUACACGGGGCAGCUACAAGUACGGCGUACGCCACUGGUUGGACGUGCUCUGGUGCCCUGACCAGCCCGAGGCCUGGUUCUACGAGGCAGGGUACCUGCACUUCGCCAGCAGGCCGUACACGGAGGACUUGUCGGUGCCAACCGCCCAUAUCACCAACUUGUCUCCGCCGCAUGACGCGAAGGGUCAAGCGCCCUGGUCUUGGUCCUCCGACAUGUACGAUCAUUAUCUGCAAAGCACAUUCAAAGGCGGCCCUCGCGAGCACAUUUACCGAGAGCAGUUACUUCCAGCGAUGAAGGCUGCAACGGCAAGCACAUUGGCAACCGUCCGACCGGCCGCGGCGUCCUCUUCCUCCACCGGGUCCGUUAAGUGGAAGCGGUUCGGCAUCGACUUCAUGGUCGACGCAAAUCUGCAAGUUUGGAUGAUCGAGUUCAACCACAACCCCGGGAUGGCGUCGCCCAAGGGUAGCCGAGGCGAUCUGAAGCGAGUGCUGGUGAACCAGUUCGUCGCUGACGAGCAGGACCUCCGGCGAUCGCGCAGCACGUGUGCCUCUGGUCCAUACGUGGAGGCUGUUGUGACACAGCGGGGCGACACGGCACAGGAUGCGGACACCAUCAGUUCGCAGUGGCUGUGCGGCUUCGCGCGAUUAUCCGUUCCGACAUGGCGGGGGACGUAGUCUUGUCUCACAUCGUCUUCCUGUUCGCUGGCAAGGUUCUGACGGAGCAGCGCUCUUCAGGGCCCCGUAUGAACAUGGGACUCUGCUAAACCAGGACACUGGCGCACCCGAGACAAGUGCGGCCAUGGGUCAAAGGAUUCUCCAGUCUUCGUUCCUUCCAGGUGGAAUAUUCAAAGUCCUUGUUUGCUGUGUCCUGGUUUUGGGAGGGCCCUUAGCUCUGGUAGCCCGUCAAUCCAUGCUGGUACCGUGGUGGGCACGAAUAUGUUCCGCACGCGUCUCCUGAGAGUUUCGCCAAGCAGCAGCGUGCGCUCGUAGGGCAACGGAUGUGUCAAGAUCACGUGGCCGAGCCAGCCAUGACAAGCUGAGGACGCACGAGUUCACCACGGAGAAAGCACUUUAAAAGUGGCUUGGUGUUGCCUUUCUCUCCAUCGCGGUCGCGUCAGUUUGAAGGAAUUAGCCAUGAGAGACGUUUCGAAGUUCCCAGAGGUGGUGUUCAAAAGGGCCUGUCGAUGUUCCGGUCCGAAGGGGGGGGAGCCAGCGACAAGCACUUCUCAACAGGGCCUGCCAGAGAGGAAUGGAG